UUAACAUUUUAAUAAUCUUUAUUUUCUUUUCGUUAUUAAUUUCUGUUUGGCUGCUAAGAAAGUUUUCGUGAACUGAACAAAUUGUUAUCCACGUUCUAUUUCUUUUUAUAUGCAGUACUACGUGAUGUCAUUUAAUAAUCCUUAUUUUCUUUUUAACAUUUUCAUAAUCUUUAUUUUCCUUUUAACAUUUUCAUUUUCAUUAUCUUUAUUUUAUUUUCAUUAAUAUUAAUUUCUGUUUGGCUGCUGAGAAAGUUUUGUGAACUGAACAAAUUGUUAUCCACGUUCUAUUUAUUUUUAUGCGCAGUACGAAGUGAUGCCAUUUGAUAAUCUUUAUUUUUUUUUGUUAUAAAUUAUGUUAAUUAAUGAUGAUUAUAUAUAAAUAACAAGCACGCUCUUAAUUGUUUUUUUUCCUUCAAUUUUUUUAGGGCAAUGCAAAUUUUUAGUGUGUUUCUAGUUUUAGGAUGAGUGUUAGUCUUUACUUGAACUAAGAAUUUAUUUAUUUAUUGUUUUAGAUUUAGUUGAAAGAAUGAUUAAUUAGUAGUAGUAAUUAGCCUUUGUGCGCACAUGCGUGGCACGAAAAUCGAAGUUAUUGAAAUUGAUGGGAAUGUGGGUCCCGCCAUUUGAUGGCAGUGGAUUUUUCGUGUUCGUGCAUGGAUUUUUGUGCUGGAUAGCAAUGUUGAUUGCUUUUGAUUAAUGAUUAGUGGUAGUGAUUAGGUGAGAUUUUUGAUGUGCUUAUGGUGGGCGAUUUAAAGAUGGCUAGUAAUGUAGAGUUUUGAAUAGAUGUAAUGUUGAUAGUAAGGUAUUGUUUGUGUAUUGAUAGGUGAAUUUGGAAUCAAGGUUUGAAAAUAGUGAGGAAAGAUGUUGGAACCUGAAGAAGAGAGAGCGAUGAAGAUGGUACUUGAAGACGGGAUAAUGAAGACGAAGAAGAUUAUGGAAGGAAAUCAAGAAGUGAAUUUUACUAUUGAAGAAUACCAGAGGUUUCAUCAGUAUCCUCUAUGAAUACAUAUCUAAUUCUUUAAUGCAUUGUUGUUUGUUGUGUUUUUAGUUAAUGUUGCUUCAAUGGAUUAGAUACCCUUCACUACUUUGGUAGAUGUGUUUUUGACCUGCAUUCUGCUAGCUAUCGUAAUAACUCACAUUGGCUUCUUGAAAGAUUUGUUAAGAGCUUGGAAGAGAGCAUCAAUUCAGUGUACCAUGAGAAGCUCUCCAUCAAUUAGCAGUGAUGAAAGUCAAGUGGACAAAGCCAUUGAAUCAGGAUCAUCCGGUAUUGCCAUCUUUUGUGGACAAACGCGAUGCGCUUUUGUUGAGAGAACUCAUCUUGAUGUGGUCCAAUUACAAGAUGAUGACAAAGUGGCUCUGCAAAUUUUUUGAAUCCAUUGACCGCCACUUUGUCCCCAAUAUCUGUUAUUGUUCACUCAAUGACAUCUCAAAUAAUAACUUCCAUGACCUGGUUUUCAAGGAGUUUUAUGUCAAAUUCCAGGAUGUUGCAAUAUCAUUGAUCAAUCAAGAACGUAUGGGAUUGCACAUCGACUGCAGCUCGCUGAAAAAUGUUUUUCUUGUGUUUAUGGAAAUGCAUAAACAUACAGGAAUAGCGUAUUAUGAAGGUAUCGAGAGUGUUAUGCUAGAAGAAACCUCUAAUUACUACUGUCAAAUGGCUCAGCAGUGGCUAUCACAUGGUUCACCAGCGGAUUAUGUUCAAAAGGUUUACCGGUGCUUGGAACAAGAGGCAGAAAGAGCUGAUCGUUAUAUGCCCUCUGGUACACAACCCAAGCUAUUAAAGGUUGUCAAACAGCAAUUGGUUUAUGAAAUAUUGGACAAAUUGGUUGAAAAGAAAAGACUUGAGAACUGCGGCCUUGUUACAGAUUUUUAUCAGGAAAUGUUGUCAAAAUGUGCCAACAUGACUCUUCAAGAGGGAAGCUCAUGGACAACAGAAGAGUGGUUAUCUGCUUUGUUGACGUCAUCUUUGAUCUGUCCUUUGUCUUAGUUUUCUCGAUGGUGGUGCUUGGUGAGAUGUAUAGUGUUUUUUUUUUUGUAUGAUAUUUUGUCAUCCUUUUUUCUCCUGCUAAGCUAUAUUCUGUUCUGUGGGUGGAAGUCGAAGAUCUUUGACAUCUUCUCCUCAUGGAUCUUCAGACCGGACUUGGUGUGAUUAGUAUUGGGACUAUCUAUAUCAGUGCAUAUUCCAAGUAAUGUUCUGUCGUCUGGUCUGCUAUACUGGCAGAGAUUGAUCUGUUAUUUUCUUCGGACAUGGUCUGACCAAUAUUUUGUGUUAUUACAUGAUAAUAUGAUUUCUUCUUGCUA